CGAUAAGCACCGUUGCAACCUUGAUUUUUCAACUUUGAUAAAUUUUAUGUCUCAUCAACAUGCAGUGGCAGCGAGUGGAGUAAAAUUUAAAUUAAAUUUUGAAUUUGGUGUUCGAAUUAAGUGCAAUCACCUGGAAAUAGGUGCCCAAAUGAAAGCGCAAUUAGGAGUGAGAGUGUCGUGCAUGCAUAUACAUUGAUUAGCUGUGACCGCUUUGCCCGUGACGCCGAGAGUUCAUUCGCAUUUGUUAUAGCACCGGAGAAAUUUUCAUUUUGUUUUGCCCUGCUGUGUGCGGAAUCAAAACAAAGCUGCACGUUACCUUUGGACUAACGCCACUUUGAGUAAUAAAAAACGCCAAUAAUAUGGAUACUGCUGAUAGCAACUUGGAAUUCCUCGAUGACAACACUCCCCUGCCCGAGCUGAGUUUUGAAGAUUUAAUGGAACCCACGGCGGAAAAGGGCGGUCAGCACAUGGACAACGAUGCGAGGGGCUCCGAUGACAAUGUCGUCGAAGGAGAAGAUGACUCCCUGAAUACACCACAGUUUAAAAAAACAGUUCCGGAAAAACGGAACCACACUCCCGGAGUGACCGUUCUGAAAUCGCAUGCCAUUAAAGUGGUCACAGCAGGUUCGGGUUCCACGGUUGCCAGUGGAUCAGCAACCACCUCAUUAAAUCCAAACAAACCACAAAUAACGGACGUAAAGAUCCUGAACAAAUUGAAGCCGAUCGUCACUAGCAAUACACUUAAAAUAGGAAGCACUACUAUAGCCUCGACAUCAUCCACUGCUGGCGGGACAUCCAAAACUCUGAGCAGCAUGACACAAAUCAAGACACCCGACGGAAGGGUGCUCUUUGUCCAGAAGUCUAUUCCCGGCACACCGUCUACAUCCGCGAAAACAUUGGUGACCGGCUCACCAACCGGUAGCAUUCGGCGUAUUGUGGCUCCGACUGGAAUUCAGAAGGCAGUUCUCUCCAAAGGCGUGGCCGUGGCUGGCACGGGUUUGGUUAAGGCUGCAGUGCCGGGCCGCCUGUCGAACUCUGGCAUUACCCUUAAGGGUAUUACUUCAGUGGCUGGGGGCAGUGCAAAGCCAUCGCCCUCAUCCACCGCCUCUCCCUCAACGACGGGUCAGCCCGCCAAAUUUCAGGUUGUCCGGACGGCCGAUGGGAAAAUCAUAAAAAUCAAUCAAUCUGGUCCAUCGGUGGUGCUGAAUGCCAAGCCGCAGACGACAGUUGCGGCAGCUGCUCCAUCUGUUAAGCCUACCACCACUGGCAAUGUGGUGGUCAGUAAAUCAGGAAGUCAAGUGGUGCUCAAGACGACACCUGCGCCCAAACAAGUGCUGACUGCCAGCCCGACUCCCACGACACCCAGCAAAAUGGUGGUCCAGAGUGGAGGCAAACAAAUUUUGGUGUCCAGCAAAAAUAUCAUAAAGCUGUCACCGAAGUCACCGGGCACCAGCACAGCUUCCUCCGCAGGUAGUCCAUCUGUGAGUGGUUUGCAUGCCAUUCAGUUGCCAGGAAAAGGUGGAGUACAGUAUGUAAGGGUUCUGUCCAACAAGGGAGCCACAGCCGGAGCCACUGCAGCUACGACAUCGAAGUCCACUCCUGGCGGGCAGAAGAUCACCUUAUUGCGAUCACCGGCGGGAGCAGCUUCGACCUCUACCAUAUCGGCUUCUCCUGCUGCUACUUCGGUAGCUGGAAGCAAGGCAGGUCCUAGCCCGGCCAACAAGAUUGUCGUGAAGUCCGCGGGAGGUAGUAUUGUGCCAUUGCCCUCCGUGCAGACAUUCGUCUCCAAGCGUGCGCUGAGCGCCACUCCCAAUGCAACCAAGGUGUCAACAACUGAGGUGAACCAGGAUUCCAUCCGAAAGCACCGGCUCACAGAUCUCAACACACAGUUAAAACAUAUCUCCACGGGCAGCGAUGCCAACGAUACCAGCGACACGGGUCCGGACGCCAAGAAACCACGCUACGUGAUUACCAUGCAGCAGGGCAAACCCCAGUUGCAGACUACCACGCCAUCGGGUUCGAAUCUCGUUGGACGCUCGCCCGAUAAAGAGAGCCCCAGUGCACCGAAGAAGAUAUACAAUGUUAUCAAGUCGGCGGGCGGCAAUGGGGUGAAGUACAUGAUUCGUAAUCCGCAGACGAUGACACACGCCAUGCGACGUGGGUACACGGGGUAUAUGGACAACAAAAUGCGGACGUCAUUGGCGGCAACCAAGCAACGCUUAAACCAGGCGAAUCCCCAGCAGAAGAAGCAGCUUCAAGUGCAGGCGCAGGCCAAGCAAAGGAUCAGGCAGCAGCAGCUGCAGAAUCAGCAGGCCAAGGGCCAAGACUCCGGCUCACAAGGGCUACCAACACAAGGAUCGCAGUACCUGAAGGUAUUGGGGCCCACCAAGCCGCUCUACGAUACUCUGAAACCACCGGCCACCGGUACAGGAGCGGCCAUCGAUGCGCUGGGUGGUCUGGGUGCGUCUCGGAGAAAGCAUUGCAAUUGCAGCAAGUCACAGUGCCUGAAGCUUUAUUGCGACUGCUUUGCCAAUGGAGAGUUCUGUCAGAACUGCACCUGCAAGGACUGCUUCAACAAUCUUGACUACGAGGUGGAGCGAGAGCGAGCCAUUCGGAGUUGUCUGGACCGUAAUCCAAGCGCCUUCAAACCCAAAAUCACGGCUCCGAAUUCGGGGGAUAUGCGGCUGCAUAACAAGGGCUGCAACUGUAAGAGAUCUGGCUGCCUUAAAAACUACUGUGAAUGCUACGAGGCAAAGAUUCCUUGUACCAGCAUAUGCAAAUGCGUGGGUUGUCGCAAUAUGGAAGAUCGUCCGGAUGUUGACAUGGACUCAUUGGACGGUGUGGUGGGUGCGCAGCAGAGCAAAGCCAAAGGUGCCAAGGAUAAAAAGAAGAUCGAAAAUCGUUCGAAUCUCUAUCUCACGAACGACGUGAUCGAGGCCACCAUUAUGUGCAUGAUAUCGCGAAUAGUGAUGCAUGAAAAACAUAGUUUACCCAUUGAGGACACCGAGCGCGAGGUGAUGGAGGAGCUGGGCGAAAGUCUGAAUCAAAUUAUUUUGUAUGCCAAGGGGAAGCACGACACCUCCCAGCUGGAUGACUCCAAGGCGACUGCUGAGGCAUAACUCCUAUUGUUUUAGAUACACGUGAAUUAGUUUAAGGUUUAAAACGUUCUUGACAUUUUGCAAACUAUCAUUUUUCUGGCUUUCUAAAAGUUGACCCUAUCGUGAACAAUCUACGCAUAUACAAAAUGUAUAUACCAUACAUAGCAAAUUUCAGAAUUAGGACUACUAUAUUAUGCACUCAUAUAUAUAUAUAUAUACACGCCGGACUUUACCAAGGCGCUGCGAAAUACCAAUUGCUUAAGUUUGAAACAUGUUCUAUUGAAUUCGAUGUAAAUAUUAAGAAAACCACCACCCAAUAAAGUUUAAAUGUAAAUUGUACAAAAGCUGUAAGUUGUUUCUCUGUCUCGUUUCAAAGAAUAAAAAGAGUGGAAUGUUUUGUAGCUUGUUUAUUCACCAACAACUUCAGUUACAUAUUUGUAUUUAGCAUUUGCAAUUGUUCCAAUUUUGUAUUUUUGUUUGUUUUUUGUUUUGUAUGAUGGGCGAGUAUAUAACUCAACGCAAUUUCGUUUGGUUUUCCCGAUAUCGGUAUCAGCUUAGUUAGCAAUAUCUCUUAGUUAGAAAUAAACAUGUUACGUCCAAUGACUAGAACAUAGGUAUACAUAUAUUUAACUUUUUUGGAAUAGAUUAUCGUAUUUAAAUUUAAAUGUUUGCAGUAUAUUCUACUUGGUCAUCAAUUUGUCGUUACAAAUAGUAGGUUCGUGUUCUGGUUUCUCCCGGUUCUCACCCUAUAAACAUGGCAUGGCAUGACAUGAGUAGCUUCAAGGUAUUAUUUUCGAGUAAAAAUGUGAUAAUCGUCUAAGGACUAUAGUACAUACAUAUUCGUAUUGGAUUAUAAUAUUUUAAUAUAUUUAAUAGUUAGAUUAUUUUUGACUAAUAUGCUCGCGCUAAACUAUAGUUUUUGAAUAUUUGCGGUCAUUCGAAGACGAACUUUUGAGAGAGAGUAUGUGUGUGUGAUUAUCUUAGGUUGCAAAUACAUACAGUAAUUAGUAAUUAUUUAAAUAUAGUUAGUAUAUAGUGUAAGAGUAGUGAUUAUUUUGAAUACUGUGCACAAAACGCUUUGGUUAGUUAGUUUGUAGCAUUGUUUGUUUGACCCCAUACCAGCUUUUUUGGAUUGUUUUUUGUAAUUCGUAUAACACUUAUGCAACAUUUGAACAUAGUUAGGCAACAAUAACGACUGGAAUAUUUGAUAUACUGAUUAAUAAUACAUAGGAUAGUAUUUAUUUAAGUAGUCACUAUAAUUAUACGCUAUAUUGUCUAAUUCACACGUUUAUAUGGAAUGCUGAGUCCCUCCAUUUAUGUCAUCAUGGCGGAGGACCAAAGCAUAAACUUACACAACAAUCUUUAUGAAAACCGAACAAAACCAUUUUUUUAUUUUCGAUAUUGUAUUUGGAUACCUGUUGCUCACCCUGUACAAUGUCAUUUGUACUAAAUAUUAACUAUUAUGAGAAGAAGUGCUUUUUAAAGAGUUUCCAUUAGCUAAUUAUAUAAGAACGCGUGUUGCAUGAUUGAAUUCGGCAAUUCUUCGAAGCGUGUGGAAAGUCGUACGACACUCUUGUGUGCCAUCUUUGGAUUGAGAUAUUUUCUUUUAGGGAUUAGGUAUCUUUAUAGGUCUUCUUCACAACAAUGAUAAUCAGCAAGUAUUUCAGCUAUGCGUAUGUACAAUUUGUCAAUAUAACCUCAUUGUAUACCUGCGAUUAACUACAUUUUGUUGGCCUUUUUGUCUUUUGUGUGUCAACUGACCAUUUCGGCCAUUACAGAGUUUUUUCUUU